GCCUGCGCGGGGAGCGGUGCUGGCGGAAGCGCGGCGGCGGCGCAUGCGCGCUGGAGAAGUGCGGGCGGAGGCGGUGUCGUCAUGGAACUGGCCCUGGAGCUGACGGCCCGUCACUGCGGGGCGGAGCUGGAGCGCUACGGGCGCUGCGUGGCCGCGAGUCCCGAAUCCUGGCAGAGGGAUUGUCACCGGCUGCGGCUCGGGAUCGCCCAGUGCGCCUCGGCACACCCCAUCGUGCGGCAGAUCCGCCGGGACUGUGCCGAGCCCUUCGCGGCCUUCGAGCGCUGCCUGCGGGAUCACCCCGGGAGCGCCGGGAGCUGCCACCCCCACGCCAACGCCUUCCUGCUCUGCGCCGACCAAGUGAAGCCCGGGGAGCCCUGAGAGAAUCCUUGGAAUUCAGGUACGCCUCUGGGAAUGGAUGGAAAAGCCUUGGUGUCCUCUGGAAUCUCCUUCCAAUCCCGGAUUUUCCCCCCUCUGGAAAAGGAAGUGCAGCUCUGCCCACGGAUCUGCUUCCCUGGAGUGCAGGAACAUUCCUGCGGGGAAUUCCAGGUUUUAUCCAAAAAAAUGGAUAAAUAAAUAAAUUCCAGGUUCCAAAGCUCCGCAGGAACCUCAGGAUGGGCUGGAAGGUGACCCAAAAAAAUCUGCUUUUUCCCUGUUUUUCUUCCACCCAAAUCCUUCCAAAAAUCCGUUUGGGAAUCAAACACAGUUAUUUCCCUUUUUUCCCAAGAAAACCCACCCACUUCCCAAGAUCCAAAACUCUGGAGUGGCUCUUCCCACUGCCCUUGGAAGCUCAGGGAUAUUUUGGGGCCAUAAAAGUCAAAUUGAUCCAUCUGAAAACUCCCAGUUUUUGAGGGAUGGGAUUCCCGGGUUCUCUCCUGCUUUGGGACGGCAGAGGGAGCCAUUCCCACCGGGAAAAACAGGGAUUUGGGAGCCUCGAGGUCUUUCCAGGAAUUUCUGGCUGUAAACAGUGGGGGAAAAAAAAAUCCAAAUAUUCCUGAAAAUAUCCGUUAAAACUCGAGGAAAAGUGGGAUAAAGCCCUGGGAUUGUGGGAUCCGUGUGGGAAAACUCCAGGAUGCUGCCAGCGAGGUCAGAAAUCCCUGGAAAAGCAGGAGUGGAGGUCUCCCAGAGAAAGGGUAAUCCUGGGAAUUUGAGCGAGUUUGGGGGGGAGGAGGAAUGAGUUUUUGGGACUCGAUUGGGGCUUCCCAGGAGAUCUUUUUGGGGGAAUUAAACUUGGCCAGGGAUGUGCAGGGAGCGGGAAUUCCCUUGGGAAUUCUCAGGGAGAGGCUUUUCCCGACUUUCCAGCCCUGCUUGGGGGGGCAUUAAAAAAAACCCCUUGGCUUUGAUCCCGAUCCCAAGGGAUCCGCCCCAUUCCUGGGAUACAUUGAUCCGUAUCCAGGUUCCAGCCAGGCCCAAAUCCAGCUGAUUUUUGGGCCUCACUGGAAAUCUGUUCAUCCCUAAAAUCUAAAAAUACUUAUCCCUAAAAUCUGAAUGAAUCUAUCCGUAAAAAUUAAAUGUGUUUAUCCCUGAAAUCUAAACUAUUUAUCCCUAAAAUUAAAAUACAUCCAUCCCUA